AUAAACGCAAACGACUGUCUACAAUGAUCGUAAAAUACUUUCACUAAUGCGCAUGCGUCUGUCAACGUUAUGUUCACAGAGUGACAAGUGACCGCAGCAACAGCAGCAGGAGGCAGAAACAAAAAGAAAAUGGAUACAAAGAGUGCCAGUUUGUUGCUACUGUUGUUAUUACGGAGGAGGAACAGGAGGGAUAUACCCAACCAUACAUACACACGUAAAAUAAUGUCUCGCAAGACCAAGAGAAAGCACGUCUUUAAGGAGGUCCUCGAGGACGACAUGUCCCUUCCCGCGGACCAUCAAACCAUCGUCCGAAUACUUAGCACCAAAGGCAACAACUUACACGAAGUCCUAGCUCCCGACCAGUCCACUUUUCUGGUAUCUAUGCCGACCAAGUUCCGCAAAAACGUGUGGGUUAAGCGUGGUAACUACGUUUUGGUCGAGCCCAUAGAAGAAGGGGACAAAGUGAAAGCAGAAAUCGUGAGAAUACUAACAAAUGAACACAUAAAGUACUUUAAAGAAGAUAACGUGUGGCCGGCUGAAUUUGAUGAAAAGAAAAAGAGUUGUGAUGGUGCAGAUGACGAUUUGUUGGUGAAUACGAACAGGCUUCAUUUGAUUGCAAGCAGUGAGGAGUCGGGUAGUGAUAGUGAUGAGAGUGAGGAUUAUAGUGAUGAUGAUGUAAAGAAAUAACGUUGGUUAGUUUUAUUUGUUUUAAUAAAAAAAUCUAUAUUGCUUCUCGCA